CUGACCUCUCCCCUGGAGGAGCAGAGCAGAGCAGAGCAGCAUUUGGAGCCACCCCAAGGAGGGCUGAGGGGCGGGUCCUAGACUGGGGACACAGGGACAGCAGAGCCCCAGCUCGGGGAGCAGCCAGAGCCUGGGACAGUCAUGGGGAAGCAAGACCAAGACUGGCUGUAACUGAGAAGCCCCCAAGGUGGACACUGAGAAACAUAAGGCACUUCAGCAGACAUCUAAACAUCUCUGACAGAAUAUGACUCAAGCAGACAAGAAGAGGCGGUCCACCCACAGAUCCAAGAUGAUCCAGUCGCCCAUGAUAAAAGUGCAAAAAAUAAUGCAGAAGGAGAUGGUGCGAGAGUUCCUGGCUGAGCUCAUGAGCACAUAUGUCAUGAUGGUGUUUGGCCUUGGUGCCGUGGCCCAUAUGGUUCUAGGAGACAAUUUUGGGAGCUACCUCGGUGUCAACUUGGGAUUCGGCUUCGGAGUCACCAUGGGAGUGCACAUGGCAGGGAAAAUCUCUGGGGCCCACAUGAAUGCGGCCGUGACCUUCACCAGCUGUGCACUAGGCCGCAUGUCCUGGAAGAAGUUUCCUGUGUAUGUACUGGGUCAGUUCGUGGGUUCCUUCCUCGCUGCUGCCACCAUCUACUGCCUCUUCUACGCAGCCAUUAUCGAACACACAGGUGGACAUCUGACAGUGACUGGCCCGAUAGCCACCGCUAACAUUUUUGCCACCUAUCUGCCUGACUACAUGCCGUUAUGGAGGGGCUUCCUGGAUGAGGUGAUAGUUACGGGGAUGCUCCAGCUGUGUCUCUUCGCCAUCACGGACAAUGGGAACCACCCAGCACUGCAAGGGACACAGGCCCUGGUGAUCGGCAUCCUCGUGGUCAUCAUUGGCGUGUCCCUGGGCAUGAACUCAGGAUAUGCCAUCAACCCGUCCCGCGACCUGCCUCCCCGUUUCUUCACCUUUCUUGCCGGCUGGGGCACACAGGUCUUCAGGGCCAAGGGCUGGUGGUGGGUGCCAGUGGUGGCACCGCCCCUGGGUGCCUACUUAGGUGGCGUCAUCUACUUGGUCUUCAUUGGCUCCAUUGUUCCACCGGAGCCCCAGAGACCGGACAACUCCAAGGCGAAUGAAGACCACAGAAUACCUGUGUUGCCCAAGACCAUGCGUCACCAAACAGAUAUCUCUUCCCUUACCUCUGUCUCUGUGUCUCCCCCCAGCAGAUCUUUAAACCGGUCCGUCCCACCCUUAAGUGACUCUAUCCAAAUACAGCAAUUCUAAGUAAGAUUAUUUGUGCCUCCAUUCCCACCCAAUAAAGAAAGCCUUGUCCCGCAGUGGCACCCUUGCUUCCUGGGUGCCUCCUAUGAUUGGGCUUCCCUUCUGGAUUCUUCCAGGAACACUGUAGCCCAAAGCUGGAGCAUGAAGCCAAGAGGCCUCCACCCCCACCAGUCCUAGGAGCUGGGGCACCCCCUGGGGGAGCAUAGGGCAGGGCCAACAGGAAGAAGAGGACAUUGAAAAGAUGCCAGGCACAGAAUAGUGGACUUGCAGGCAUAGGGCAGGAAAGGGAUGGUUUGGGAAAAGCACAACAGCUAGCUGGUGAGGGUUCAGCUCUGGGGAUACCCUGAGCUGCCCUGGGAGAGGACUUGAGAAUCUCCCUCAGUUCUGGCUAAUCUUUGUACCAGAUAAGACCAGGCCCAAGUGUGUAGAUAAGAAGGGUUGUUUUUUUUUCUUUUCAUUAUUGCCCCACCUCAGAAGACUUUUAGAUAUUUUUUUCUUAAUCACAUGAUAUUUUAACACCACAGAUAUUACUGUAUAUCUGUAUAUGUACUUUAUAUAUAUCUGUGCUUUAUACAAAAAUAGUAAGAUCUUUUUAAUUUCCCCCUUCACUGCUUUUGUGUUUAUCCUUUCAGCAAUUAUUGAGCACCUCCUGUGUGGAGGCCUUGUCUGGGCCAGGAGCUGCUGCAGUGGAUGAGGCUGGGUCUCUGCCUUCGAGGAAGGCAGUUUUUAAUUUUUUAAAUUUUUUUAAAGAUUGUAUUUAUUUAUUUUUAGAGAGAAGAGAAGGAGAAAGAAAGGGAGAGAAACAUCAAUGUGCGGUUGCCCCUUGCACGCCCCCUACUGGGGGCCUAGUCCACAACCUAGGCCUGUGCCCUGACUGGGAAUCGAACAAGCGACCCUUUGGUUUACAGGCUGGCACUCAAUCCACUGAGCUAUAUCAGGCAGGGCAGGAACGCAGUUUAAUGGGGAUAGGAGGAAAAAGGUAAGUGGUGGAGCGGGGGCUGCAUGGAGGCUGUGGGGCUCAUACCUUGAAGCCAAGGCCAAGGAUGGUUUCCUAGGGGAGACAGAGAAGAGUUGGGGUCAGGAGAUAUGCUUUCUGGGGCUGGGCGCUGCAUUUUACAGUUUGAGCAGUUUGAGGGGGCAGGAGGCAGAGGAGACUGGGCGUUCUCCCGGAGGUGGGUGCACGGUGAGAGGAGACUUAGAAAGCCCACCUGGCUGCUGCGUGCACGUUGGUGGAAAAGGGGGAGAUUGGGGCCUGCAAGGGAGUGUGGUGAGAGGCAGUGAUCCUGGAGAAGCAGCAGGGCACCUAACAGGUCAGUCCUGGUGGGUAAAAGCUGUAGGAUUUGGGCUGGGAUUGAAUGAAGGAGUAGGUGGUCACAUGAUAGGAGCCAGGUCUGACUUUCAGUUUCUGGCUUGGGCCUGGGACACUGGAGAUGUCCCCAUGGAGAGCAGAGCAUGGGAAAGGAACUGGUUUGGAAAGGAAGAUGACAAGUUAUAUCAUGGACAUAUUGAGCUUGAGUUGUCUAUCGGACAUGAAGGGCAAGAGGUGUGUGGUCUUGGGCAAGUUACUCAGCCUCUCUGGGUCUUGUUUUUCUCAUUUGUAAAAUGAGUCUAACACUAUUUCCUACCGUUUGUGUUGCUGUGAAUAUUCAAUGAAAUAAAACAUAUACAUUGCUGAGAAUAGUGCUUGGCACAGAUAAGUGUUCAAUAAACAAUUAUUCUUUUUGAUAGUCUGCAGUUCAGAAAAGAGCUGAAGACAGAGACUGAAAAAGCUGUGGUUGUGUGGCUAUAGCUGGGGCCAUGAAACAGUGAAAAAGAGGGCCCAUGAGCAGGCUCUUGGGAGCAAGCUGGGGGGUGGCUAUGAGGCAUGGAAUAGGCACCCCAAGAGGUUUGGCUGAGGAGGGGGCCCAAAGUGGAUGGUCCGGGGGCACUGGAAACAAUCCAAAUGUCCAUCAACAUGGGAAUAAAUACUUACAUUUCAGUACAGUCACAUACAAAAGAUUUGCUACAUCAGUAAAAACUAAGGCACAACAGCUCCCUGCCAAAUAUGGAAAGUUUGGAGGCAUAAAAAGCAAUGCAGUAGACUGUAUACAGUAUGACACCAGGUAUGCUGUUGACAAAUAAGCAAAAAAGUAAUAUAUUCUUUAGGCAAACACAUGUGAUAAAACUAAGGGGGGAAAAAAAGGGUGCACUCCCCCUCCUGGGAGCACACCUGCGCCGGCUCCCCGCCCCUCGUCUCCCCCCGACCCCCCUCAGUGAUAGGAGACCUGAGACUUGGGAGCAAUGGGUGGCUGCAGCUCGUCCUGGGCUCGCCCCGAGCCUGUCUCCAAGGCCCCCUUUUCUCUGACUCCCCAGGGAGCUGGCAGCAGCCCUGCCUAAUGUCUCUCCUGUCGCUGCUUCUGUCCUGGGCCCCUCCUUGUUUCACUGUCCCCAGCUUUAAUAAACAUACUCUCAAAAAAAA